AUGAUGUCGAGAAAGGGGACGAUUGAGUUCAUUCAUCCACGUGUGCGCCACACUGCGUUGGACCCUGCGGCUCAAAGCCAAUCUCGCGCGUGGCGCAUGAAAUCGUUCCACUAUGAUGUCCUCAAAAAAGGUGAGUUCAAUAAGCAGCAGAGAACGAUGGCCGGUCAUUAUCGGCCACCUCCCUCCGAGUUCAGAAUCAGACACAAUGCGGAAAGAUCACGAACAACACACCAUGAGGCCGACGUGGUAGUAGUGGGUGCCGGUAUCCUGGGAUGCGCUGUAGCAGUUGCACUGGGCAAUCAAGGCCGUAGCGUCAUUCUCCUGGAAAGAUGGCUGAGACAACCAGAUCGUAUUGUUGGCGAACUACUGCAGCCAGGGGGUGUGGCGGCACUUGAAAGGUUGGGCCUGCGAGAGUGCUUGGAGGAGAUUGAUGCUGUCAAGGUGUACGGAUAUGAUGUGAUAUACUAUGGCGAGGAAGUGGCAAUACCAUACCCAGUCAACGCGCGAGAAGUCGGUGAGGAGAAACCCGAGGAGAAGUCGCAUACAGAUGAGAUGCGAGGUAUGAAACGCAAGAGACCGGAAGGCAGAUCUUUCCAUCAUGGCCGAUUCGUCCAGCGAUUACGAGAGAAGGCUAUGGCGCAUCCCAAUAUCACGGUCGUGGAGGCUACGGUCACCGAGCUUGUAAAGUGCGACUAUACCAACAUGAUUCUUGGAGUUGAAGCAAUGGUGCAAGGAGAAGCAGACUCCUUCUUCGGCGACCUCACCGUCAUCGCAGACGGCUACGCCAGCAAGUUCCGCAAACAAUUUCGCACAGAUGCGCCGGUGGCAAAGUCGAAGUUCUGGGCCCUUGAACUCAUAGAUGUGCCACUGCCAAAGCCAAACCACGGUCAUGUCAUACUAGGAGACGGUGCUCCGGUACUACUGUAUCAGAUUGGCACACACGAGACUCGAGCACUGAUCGACAUACCGGAGAACACACCUACCGCCAGUGUUGCAGCAGGCGGUGUCAAGGGUCACUUGAAGAACAUCGUCUUACCCAGCUUGCCAGCGGCUGUGCGGCCAUCUUUCGAGCUUGCUCUUGAGAGAGACAAGCUACGCUCAAUGCCGAAUUCGUUCCUUCCACCGACCACUAACAAGACUCCGGGCAUGAUACUGCUGGGAGACGCCAUGAACAUGCGACAUCCUUUGACUGGAGGCGGCAUGACAGUCGCUUUCAACGAUGCUGUUCUGCUAUCCGAGUUGCUCGACCCAAAGGUCAUACCAUCUCUGGACGACCGGAAGGCAGUCUUGAGACAAAUGCACACCUUCCACUGGCGAAGAAAGGGACUCACCAGCGUCAUCAACAUUCUCGCGCAAGCACUAUACUCGCUCUUCGCAGCCGACGACACGCAGCUCAAAGCGCUGCAGAUGGGCUGUUUCCACUACUUCAAGCUUGGCGGCCAAUGCGUGGAUGGACCUGUGGGACUACUGGCAGGCAUCAUUCGACAGCCGUUCGUGCUAUUCUAUCACUUCUUCGCUGUGGCACUAUAUGCGAUAUGGAUCUACAUCACAUGGUCUUCAAGCGUGCUCACCAUGCCGCUGCGAGCAGUCAGCAGUGUGGGUGUGUUCUGGAAGGCCUGUGUGGUCAUAUUCCCGUACAUCUUCUCGGAGCUGCAAUCUUGA